CAUCACAGACGUCUUGAGAGUUGAGUGUUUUCUCUUUAGGAAAUUUACCGAUUAUUCAUAAAAUGUUAAGUAAAUUUAUAUUCCUUAGCAUCUUAGCUACAUUAUAUAAUGGAAUCGACUCCAAGAGUGUUGAGCUUACUUUCGAAUUACCCGAUAAUGCCAUAGAAUGUUUUUAUGAGCAUAUAGAAAACAAUACGUCUGCAUCCUUGGAGUAUCAGGUUAUCACAGGUGGCCAGUACGAUGUGGAUGUCAAGGUGGAAGGACCCAAUAAGCAAAUAAUUUAUCAGCAGCAAAAGAUGCAGUAUGACUCGCAUCCUUUUACAGCUACACAAACUGGUGUAUAUAAGGUGUGCUUUAGCAAUGAGUUCAGUACGUUCUCUCACAAGCUUGUGUACAUGGAACUGAAUGUUGGCCCCGAGCAGCCCCUGCCUGGUAUUGGCGAACAUGCUACUGUCCUCACUCAGCUCGAAGCAUCUGCUGAAGAAAUUCACUCUGGACUGAACAAAAUUAUUGACCACCAAACUCACCACAGACUAAGAGAGGCUCAGAGCCGGAAGAGAGCAGAGGACCUUAAUGAAAGGGUGUUUAACUGGUCUAUGAUUGAAACUGUGGCCAUUGUCAUUGUCACAUUUGGUCAAGUUGUGAUUCUGAAGAAUUUCUUCAAUGAUAGACCUACUCUAUACAACCGAUUGUAAAUUUAGUAAAACCUAGUUUAUUUAUUAAUAUAUUGUGAUUUGAUUAA